AUGAAUUUUGACAUUUCUACUUGGAAAUUUUUCACAGAUUUGCAGUUUUCUCGCAUCUUUUAUUACUCGUCGUCUUCUUCUCUAAAAAAAAAUAGAAAAUGUUGCGUGUCGCUUCUGGACAAGUUGCCAACGUGCUGCGUGGUGCUAUGGGCCUAUCUGGUCGCAUUGCCACAGUCGGCUCAGUGCGUGCUUCUCACGGUGAAGAAAAUGAGGAAGUUUUCAACAAACGUUACGAAGAGUACUUCAAUCGCAAAGAUAUCGAUGGCUGGGAAAUCCGUAAAGGCAUGAAUGAUUUACUGGGCAUGGAUUUAGUGCCAGAACCCCAAAUAAUUGAAGCUGGACUACGUGCCUGCCGUCGGGUUAACGAUAUUGCUUUGGCAAUUAGGUGGCUGGAAGGCUGCAAAGACAAGUGCGGUGACCAAAAAAGCACUAUCUACCCAUAUCUGAUCCAGAAUAUUCGUCCAACCUUGGACGAAUUGGGCGUUCCAACUCCAGAAGAAUUGAACUAUGACAAACCUGAGUUGGCAUUGAAAUCGGUUUACGACAUGUAAAUUAGUUAAAAAAAAUAGAAUCAUGCUUAAGUUGACUACGUUUAAGCCAAAUUUAAAAUAAAAAUAAGAUAAAAUGUGCUGCGAUGAUUAACAUGAAGUGGUUGAUUACAUACGUUCAAUAAAUGUGUUGGAUAAAAUAAUUGUCUACAUCGUGACAGUGGA